GAGGUGCGCCGUGGCCAGCGCAGCAAGCGCGCCGCCUUCUCGGCCUUGGUGGAGAUCGACCACUGUCGCGCCGUCCAGCUCAUGGUCGGCUUCUUCGACGGUGAUGAGAUGGCGAUCCAGGGCUUCAAGGUGCUGUUUGGGGACCAUCACGCGAUGCGGCCGUGCCUGCUGGUGCUCACCUCGUACCGGGUGCUGCUACUGCGUCAGAGCGGGUACCGGCGGCUGCGGCGCGCCGCCGGUCGCCGUGCGGACGCGGACGCCGACCAGCCCGCCUGCCCCUACCUGCAGGACUCGGCCUUCGCCUACGACUCCAUAGCCUCCGUCAAGCUGGCGUUCCACGGCCAGGCGGCGGCCCUGCAGCGACCGGACGGCUCGUACAGCCGCUGGAUCUGGCUGGCCGACCGAGCGCAGACGUCGCUCUUUGUUAGCCACCUGACGCGGGCGUUCGAGCGCAGCCCGCCGCGGCCGCUCGUGCCGCAGGUGUACACGUCCGAGGCGCACCGGCACCAGUACGCGCGCGAGAUCAGCUACCGGGAGACCGAGCCGGAGAUAAAGUACGCUUCCCUGGUGUACUUCGAGGACUUUGCCGUUUCCGGAGAGCUGCCAAAACUCGCCGCUCAGCUCAUGUACAAGGCCGACGCCGAUAAGAAAUGGAGCGUCGGCCACUUUGUGUUGUGGGACACGGACCUGCUGCUGUACCCUGGCGCGGCGGCGCGCACCUGCGCCCGCUGGGCGCGCGUCAUCCGCGAGAUCAUGGAGCUGUCCGUGCCGGCGCAGCUGCCCAGCCCGCUGCCGCGCUGUGUGGUGCUCACUGAGCGAGCGCUGUACGUGGUGGAGGAGAUGGCCUUCAGCCGCGCGCUCGCGCCCGGCUUCGAGUUCUGCCCGUACGGCCACCUGGUGCAGGCCAGCGGCCAGCUCGACUGCCUGGAGGCGGUCAACGCCGACUCGCACGGCGCCGUGCACCUGGAGUUCAGCACGGCGGAGGCGCUGGAGUCGACGGGCUCGUGGCGGCUCUACUUCGUCACCACGGCUGAGCAGCGCGCCUUCAUCGCCGCGCUCCUGCAGACCUGUCGGACAGUGGAGCUGACGGUGGGCUCGAUCUCCCACCACAUGCGCGAGGUGUGCCUGAGUGGCGCGCGCUACGUGCGCUGCCGCUGGGACGGCCUGCUGGACCGCUGA